AUGGGCCCCGCUCUCCUGCUCUGCUGCUGCCUGCUGGGCAGCGGCCGCGCCCUGCGGGCAUUUGGACAGGAUGAAAACAUGGUGCAGCUGCCCGGGGGGACGUUUCAGAUGGGAUCCGCUUCCCUGGAGAAGAGGAACGAAGAGGGACCCGUCAGGUUGGUGACGGUGAAGCCGUUUGCUGUCGACAAAUAUCCCGUCACAAACAGGGAUUUCAGGGAGUUUGUUAGAGAAAAGAAAUACAAAACAGAAGCAGAAGCAUUUGGCUGGAGCUUUGUCUUUGAGGAUUUCGUAUCUGAAGAGCUGAAAAAAAAAGUCACGCAAAAACUGGAGUCUGCCCCUUGGUGGCUGCCCAUCGAGAAGGCUUUUUGGCGACAGCCCUCGGGUCCUGGCUCCAGCAUAAAGGACAGGCUGGAUUACCCAGUGCUGCACGUGAGCUGGAACGACGCACGUGCGUUCUGCGCCUGGAAAGGGAAGAGGCUCCCGGCGGAGGAGGAGUGGGAGUUUGCUGCCAGGGGAGGACUGGAGCAAAGGGUGUAUCCCUGGGGAAACAAGUUUCAGCUGAACCGUACAAAUCUGUGGCAGGGUGAGUUCCCAAGGGUCGACACAGCUGAAGACGGUUAUCACGGCGUCUCACCGGUGGCAGCAUUCCCUCCUCAGAACAACUAUGGGCUCUACGACCUGCUGGGAAACACCUGGGAGUGGACAGCGUCGGAGUACCUGACCCCAGGGCUCUCAUCGAGGCAGCGUGCUCAGAACAUGCAGGUCCUGAGAGGUGCCUCGUGGAUUGACACUGCAGAUGGGUCCGCAAAUCAUAAAGCUCGUGUUACUACCAGAAUGGGGAACACACCAGACUCAGCCUCUGACAACCUCAGCUUCCGCUGUGCUGCCGACAUCCCGCCCGUCAUGGCCGAGAAAAGCCGGACCAAACCCGAGCUCUGAAGGUCACUUGGGGAGACCUGAAGGCACUUUCUCCUGUGGAGACGAACAAUAACCCCCAGCAGUCACUUUCA